UUUUAGGCAGAGGAAUCUAAUUAUAAUGCAAAAAUGAGAUAGCUAUGGACUUCAAGCCAGACAAUGGGUAGUCGAAGGACGGCAAAUUAAUAUUUUGUUUGUUUCAAAAUAUUAAAUGUCUAAAUGGACUAAUUGUUUCAAUCUAGCAAUCAACAUCAUAAUUCAUAACACCAUCAACAAGAACAAAGAAUCCCCUGAGAUUCUACCAAGGAAAAAUGUUGUAUUUAUCGCUUCAAAAUGUUCACAAUACAUGUCGUCACCUUUUCAAAGUAACAUAUUGGCCUGCGGUUUAAUUGAUAAUAUUAUUAUAACAACAUGAUAUAAAUAUAAACAUCUUGUUUGUGUCCAGGCUUAAAUCUAUCACAAAUGUCCUGAGCUCAAGGUGCUAAAGAAAGAGAUACAAUUAAUAAUUGUAGCUUAUACUAUAGAUAUAGGAUACAUUUCUUUGAUUAAUUAACUACUAGUGCUAUUUGGUGCUUGCGGUAAGAGGGAAUGGAGCUGAUCAUGUUGCUGCUCUCGUUGGUCCUUUCCUUGUUAGUGUUGUCUGUUAUCUUGUUGUUGUAUGUUACUCGUUCUCCUAAAGCAAUGGAAGGCAUUCCUGGAAGCCUUGGUUGGCCUAUUGUGGGAGAGAGUUUCUCAUUCCUCUCUGACUUUUCAAGUCCCUCUGGAAUCUUUAGCUUCAUGAACAAGAGGCAAAAGAGAUAUGGAAAGGUUUUCAAGAGCUUUGUCCUGGGGAGGUUCACUGUCUUCAUGACUGGGAGAGAAGCAAGCAAAAUUUUGUUAACCGGAAAAGAUGGGAUUGUGAGUUUGAAUCUGUUUUACACUGGCCAGCAAGUUCUGGGCCCCACCAGUUUGCUGCAAACCACUGGAGAGGCACACAAAAGGCUAAGAAGACUGAUUGGUGAACCUUUAUCAAUUGAUGGCCUGAAAAAAUAUUUCCAUUUUAUCAAUACUCAGGCAAUGGAAACAUUAGAUCAAUGGGAUGGAAGGAAAGUCCUGGUUCUUGAGGAGGCUUCUACAUUUACUCUAAAAGUGAUUGGACAUAUGAUCAUGAGUUUAGAGCCUUCUGGGGAGGAACAGGAGAAGUUUAGGUCAAAUUUUAAGAUUAUUUCUUCCUCAUUUGCUUCAUUGCCAUUCAAACUUCCAGGGACAGCAUUCCACCGUGGUAUCAAGGCUCGAGAUAGGAUGUAUGAGAUGCUGGAUUCUACAAUUUCGCGGAGGAGAAGUGGCCAAGAAUUUCAACAGGAUUUCUUAGGAUCCUUAGUUAUGAAACACAGCAAAGAAGAUGGAGAAGAAGAUGAAAAUAAACUCACAGAUAAACAACUGAAGGAUAAUAUAUUAACUCUGCUGGUUGCCGGCCAUGAUACCACAACUGCUGCUCUUACAUGGCUCAUCAAAUUUCUUGGUGAAAAUCCACUUGUUUUGGAACAAUUGAGAGAGGAACACAGACAAAUUGUUGCCAACAGAAAGAGUGGAACGGAUCUUACUUGGGCUGAAGUUAAUAACAUGCCUUACACAGCCAAAGUGAUCAGUGAAACUCUUCGAAGAGCCACGAUACUACCUUGGUUUUCAAGAAAGGCAUCCCAGGAUUUUGAAAUUGAUGGUUAUAAAAUUAAGAAAGGUUGGUCUGUCAACCUAGAUGUUGUUUCUAUUCACCACGACCCAGAAGUUUUCCAAGAUCCUGAAAAGUUUGAUCCCUCUAGAUUUGAUGAAACAUUGAGGCCUUUCAGUUUUCUUGGAUUUGGUAGUGGACCACGUAUGUGUCCUGGAAUGAACCUUGCCAAGCUUGAAAUUUGUGUCUUCAUCCAUCACCUUGUCAACAGAUACAAGUGGAGACAUCUGGAGAAAGACAAUUCUGUCCAACCUACGCUUGUAAGGAUGCCAAAGAACAAGUAUCCUAUUAUAGUUGAGGCACUAUAACACGAUUCCUUCUGAAACUACAAACAAACAACAGAAGACGAUAUGGCAAUGCAGAAAUCUUGUAUAUGAACAGAAUCAUUGUCUCUUUUCUGUUAUUGUAUGGAGAGAACUCAAGUUCCAAAUCAUGCUUUAUUACUUGUGAGGAAAGAAACUAAUCCUCAAUAAAUAAUUUGCAUUUCCUUUUUCAGUAGGUAGGUAAUGCUAGUACAGAAAGAAACUACAAAUAAUUAAGAUCAUUUUCAAAUUGAUAAAUUCCUGUUGA